UCUUCAGUUUUAUGAGGAGCAAAUGACCUAUUUUUUUUUUUUUUAACUAGUUUUUUUGCAGUUGACGUUCUUUCCGAGAAAGAUCUAAACACCUCUCCCUAUGGAUCGUACACGCCGAGGCACACGAAAGAAGGCCGCUCAGGACUACGAAGGUGAAAACAGCGAUAGCGAACCACCACCUAGCUUUAACUUGAGUUACAUGACAAUCGAAUCGCUCAAAAAAUACAAAAAAUACUACAAGCUCCGAACCAGGUCAAACUGCACAAGCAAGCCAGAACUUUUGGCUAUUAUACAAAAGCACUUCCAAUUAAUGCCCACUCCGGACGAAGCCGAAACCAUAGAAGCCUUCAUCUACAACAUCAAAUAUGCCCAGUGAAAAACCUCUGUCACGCGCGAGACUGAUCAAAUUUUGAACGGUAAAUGGAAACCGGAAGUGUUGACUACCAUCCUCUUGUUGAAGAGGAUCCUUAUCACUUUCUAAAGGCAAAUCCAUAUGUGUUCUUGCAAAACUUCUACUGGUACUAUGAGAUGAAAGGGUUCGAGAACAUAUUUAUGGCGUACAUCUUCAGAUUUAUCUUGGCCGAGUUUAUCUUGUCAUUUACAUUCACGCUCGGAUAUUGUAUAUCGUGGAGAGAUGUAAUCAACGAAAAAACAAACAAAUUGUUGACCUAUCCGACCAAGAAUGUUGCUACCGCCUGGUGCAUUCUCAGCAUCAUACUUGCAAUUGUUCUGAUCAUGAUUGGAAUUCGGUUUCUUAAAACGGCCUUUCAGUUCAAGAACUACUGUGCUAACGUUCUUCAUGUUCAUACGAGAGAACUCGCGAGCAUGCCGUGGGGCGUUUUUCUCACAAAGUUGACGAGAGAUAAAUUCAGCUCGAUCGAAAAGUCUCAACUCACCUCGCUCGACUUUGUCAAGGUGCUGAUGAGAAGAGAAAACUAUCUCAUUGCGCUUUUCAACAAGAAAAUCUUGAACCUGUCUGUACCUUAUUUCCCGAAAUUUCAAUUUGUCACACAUGUGUUUGGAUGGUGCUUCGCCUUAUCGUUUGACGUUUUCAAUGACCAGGGCGAAGUCAAGGGGGAAUAUUUGGAUCCGCAAAAUCACGAACGACUGGUUGCGCAGCUCAAGUCUAACUUCUACAGAACUGGCUUGAUUGCCCUCAUAUUCAGCCCGAUCGUCUUGAUCGUGCUUAUCUUGUAUGGCAUCUUCUCUCUGGCAGAAAGGAUCCAAAACACGCCGGAUUUUUUGGGCUCGAGAAAUUGGACGCCGCACGCGCGAUGGGAGUUCAGAGACUUCGAUGAAGUGCUGUGUCUCUUCACGCAAAGACUCGCUAAGUCGUUCGUUCCAGCUUCAAAGUACAUCAAUCAAUUUCAGAUCCACGCACUCAAUAAUUUAGGACGUCUCCUUGUCUUUUUGUUGGCGCUCAUCGCCGCUCCACUCAUCCUCCUCACUCUUGUCAGACGAUCUAUCAUCGAUUGCUACAUUGGCGAUCGAUCUGUUGUGUGGGUCCUCAGUAUUUUAGGCACCUCUCUGGCCAUCCUCCGGUCGCUCCUUCCAGAGGAACACUUCGUCUUCGAGCCGCACGAAUUCAUGGAAGAAGUCAUCAUGCACAUCCACCAUCUGCCGCUCGAAUGGGUGGAAAAAGCUCACACGCCAGAAGUGCAUAAGACAUUCGUUUCCUACUUUCAAUUCAAAGUGGUUAUCUUCCUGGUCGAAGUUCUGUCCGUCAUAAUCACCCCGCUUCUUUUCAUCUAUUCCCUUCCUCUAUGCGCAGAGGAGACCAUUCAGUUCCUCCGCGACAUGACCAUUGAAGAACCCGGGUUGGGACGCAUGGUUUGCUUCGCCAGACUCAACAUGGACGAUACCUACCCCCCCGCACAAGAACACUAUAUCUCUCAACCAGACCGACACAAACUCGUAGAUACUCAAAAAAUGCAAAUGUCAAUCAUCAAUUUCAAAGCCAACUACCCAAACUGGGAGCCGACGUCCGCAUCCAGCAAGCUGUUCCUCGAUACGAUCGUCGCCAGUGAUCCUGGGAAAUUAGAAAACUGCCACUUCACUUCCAACCAUAGCGUCUGGGAUAAAAUGAACAAAUCGUACAUUUCUCAAUCCACUAAAAAAUUUGAUAAAAAAGUUUUUUACAACGUCGAAUAUCCUUGACUGUCCCUUAAUCCAACUUGCUGCAAUAUCAACUGCUUGAGGUGGCUGAACUCGGGUAUGGAAUCUAACUGCUCGCCAUCGAGUGCCCUUCGAAUCAAGUCCUGAACCGAUUCGUUUUUCAACAUGUCGACCAACUCCACUGAAUCACCCAACUUCUUCAGCCACUCUUCUGGUAUCCGAAAUUCAUCUAGAGGCACAUCUUUCCAAGACGGCGCAUCGGUGUUCUGAACUUCGUUGUCUUUCAACUUGUUUGGCAAAGAGGUAUUCGAGUCGGCCUGACAGUUGUCUUUAUGUUUUCUAAAGCAAUCAAUUGAACAGCUUUUUUUUCCGUUAAAGCUCGCAUGUCUCUUCUACAUAUAAGUAUCGCUGUACACGUACUAUCUCACCUCA